GGUUUCAACAACAAUGGAAUUCGGUCGAUUUACGUGAGUGAAUACUAAAUACAAUCUCGUAUACCUAAAUACUCUUCGUUAAAACGCCUAAAAUGGCGGGGACUAUAAUUGAAAACUUAAGCGGGCGGAAACUCACUGUAUUAGUGACAUUUCUUUUGUUGUGCCAAGUAAUAUGUUUCCUAAUCGGUGGUUUGGUCGCACCCGUGCCUGCAAACGCACAAAAUAUUCUCGGUACCAUAUGUAAAGAUACAUCUAUUAUGAAAAAUGACACAACGAAGUGGUAUUACUAUCGCGGCGCGGGUAAAUGUGAGAAGAUCGACCUUGACAGCAUUCAUCACGACGUAUCGGAGCGCGACAUCGUCUUUGCAUUUCAAAUGCCGGUGCCUCGCGAGUCGCAGGCUUACGACUAUUCAAGAUGGCAACAGAAUUUGAUUGGCGUUUUACAAGUUGAUAUACGUUACCACUCUCAGAUGGAAAUGACAUCGCGGAGUGCGAUCACGAUAGACGCGCGGUUGGCCUACCGAAACAAAGGCGACCCGGACGACGCUUGGAAACUGUACACACAGUCGACGGAAACGAGAGUUCUAGACUGUGACAUUGAUAUUAAAUCUGAAAACUACUUGUACAACUGCUCAGCUGUACCACUGUUUGAACUCGGUUCACUUUAUCAUGACUAUUACUUACUAAACUUACGGUUACCAGUCGAUACACCUGAUAUGAAUGCCCAUAUUGGUCAUAUACAAGAUUUGUGGGUAACCGUUAUCAACCAAAACGGGGGUUUUACCAAAGUGUGGCUUUCACUAAAAACUGUAUUCUUUCCAUGUAUCAUUGCUAUACUCGUCUGGUUCUGGCGUCGGAUUCAUAUUUUGGAAAGGAAGCCUGUCCUACUGGAAAAGAUGUUGCUAAGUUUAGGCAUAGCAUUGUGCUUUUUGAAUGCACCAAUAGAAUAUUUGACUUUACAAUAUGACCUGCCAUUCAUGCUGUUACUGGGGGAUAUUAGACAAGGAAUAUUUUAUGCAAUGCUGUUCUCGUUCUGGCUUGUAUUUGCCGGGGAACAUAUGUUGAUCCAAGAUACAUCGGCUCAGAGCUCUCUUAAACAAUAUUGGCGUCAUUUGAGUGCCGUUGCUAUGGGUUGCAUUUCUCUUUUCAUAUUUGACAUGUGCGAGAGGGGUGUUCAGUUGCGGAAUCCAUUUUACUCUAUCUGGGUUACAGAUUUAGGCACAAACUUAGCGCUGACAUUCAUCAUACUGGCUGGCAUUUCAACUGGAGUAUACUUUUUGUUCUUGUGUUACAUGGUCUGGCAAGUAUUCCUAAAUAUAUCUCAGAGACGUCAGAGUUUACCAUCAAUGAGCUCAGUGCGCCGUUUGCGCUAUGAAGGGAUCAUAUACAGAUUUAUGUUUAUGAUGUUGGCUACAUUGCUUUGCGCUGCCUUGACUGUGAUUGGCUUUAUUUUGGGUCAAGUGGCUGAAGGACAGUGGAAGUGGGAUGAAGAUAUUGAACUUGAAUAUACUUCAGCAUUCUUCACAGGUGUAUAUGGAAUGUGGAAUAUAUACAUAUUUUCCCUGCUGGUACUAUAUGCGCCAAGUCACAAGCAGUGGCCAGCCAAUGAAAAUACUUCAGAUACUCAGAAUUUGAGUGAGGAACAUGAAUUUAGCCCUCUGCCAUCAGAGAGAAGUGAGAUUUCAUCACUCACUUCCUUUAUCAGGAAGACCACUAUUGACUAAUUGGAUUGAUGAUAUUUAGUCUUAUCUAGACAUAGAAUCUCAAUAUUAUUACUGAUUCUCUUUUCAAACAGGAAGUAGACUUCCUGUGUAUUAUCUAGAUUAAAAACUCAUGUAGUCAAAAAGCCAUAUGCGCUUUAGUGUUAAGUUUAACAGUAUUAUUCACACAAUAUUUGUACUCGAAUAUUUGCCAUUUGAAUUCCAUUUUAAGAAAUCUUAUCUUAUGCUUGUAGUGUGGGUCUAACCUAAAUUAGCAUUGUGUAUUAACUCUAGUAUUGUUCCAUUGCUUUAUUUUAUAAGACUAAUAUAGUAUUAGAAAUAUUUGUUAAAAUUCUAGCUAAAGCUUUUGUCUUAAUAAUAUGGUCUUUUUUAUAAAACUCCAUACAAGACAAUAUGACUCACAGAGCAAGUUUUCAUCUCAGGUAGGAUUUUGAGUCAUAAAAUUCCAAAGUGGAUGAGACAACCUUGACAAUGUGUUUUUAUGGAAAUUUAAUGUUUUCCUAAACUGAUUUAGUAUGUAACUCUUGCCAUUUAAAAAUUACCUACUUAAUUUUUCUGUGAUAGUGAUUUUGAUAAUUUUUCUACUUUGAAUUGUAAUUUUUUCUACUUAAUUUUAAAUAUUGUAUUUUUUUACUAAUUUUAACAAUGUUGCCAGCAUUUCGAUUAUUGUAUUUAAAAUUUUUUGUAGUUUGUGACUUACAUUUGUACUGGAUUUAGAAUAAAAAUAUUUAAAAAUAA